AUGACACCAUAUGAAGGAUCAUGUAGUGGAGCUAAUCAAGGUAUUGGAUAUGCAUUCAUUGUAGGAGAAUGUUUUGCCAUUGCUGGUGAUUUCUAUCAAGUCGAGCUUACCAAUGGUCAUGACAAUGCUACUCUUUACCGUUAUUCUGACAGUGCAUGCAAAUCUGUUAGCAAUUCAAAGGAAUACCAAGUUGGAGAAUGUUACGAAGCACCAGAUUACGUUUGGAACAGUGGUGUUGUACCAUCAAACUAUGUCCACAUUUCAAUAUCUGUCAAUCCAACAUCUAUUCCACAAUACGGUUUUAGAUUAACAACCUAUGCUCCAGGUGACACUAGAUGUCAAGAUAAUCCUCAAUUUUACUGGUAUUCUCCUAAUCACUCUGUUAUCAAGUCUUAUAAUGAAUCCGUUACAUUCUAUUGUCAAAAUAAUGAACCAUAUGAAAUAUACUGUGACGGUGGUGAAAUUGAAGGUUGUCAAACCACAUAUAACUCCAUGUCUUGCCAAUUUGACUUUACUCAUUGGGGAACACAUAAUUACAUUGAAGGUACAUGUUGA